ACCACAAUUCUGGGGCAAGCUAGGAGUUUGGAACACCAUGAUGGCUUCGACAUCAGUGCUCUUGCUGCAGCUGCUCCUGGUCUCAUUGGUGUCUGCAUCCCACUACUUUGGAGGACUAUGCACCUACCGAGGCGGAAUAAACUCCGAUGGAACAUUUACAGUCAACUUUAGCUUGAAGGGAACCUUUGAUGGGUGUUACCACUCUCUAAGCAUGCAUUGUUAUUCCAAUAACUGUGGAUAUGAGGUCAGUCGGCACAGAGUCGUACUUGACAACAGCACCAAUUCACCGCAACAUAACAGACAAUGGUGUGAAACAGAGACAUUAAUCACAAGACGUGUCCCAUCAAACAAACCUUUCUCUAUGCGGUCAGCAAGCUGUUGCUGGAUUCCAUCAAGGAACCACAUCAAUAAUUGGAGACUACUGACCACUGUGGAUUUGGGGACAAGAGGUGACACAGGAAAGCCAAACAAUUCACCAGUGACUGGCAUGCUACCUUUUGUUCGAGUCCCUCAAAACUGCCCGAGGGCCUACAAGCUAAUGGCCUUUGAUGCGGAUGGUGACAGAGUACGAUGCAGAUAUGGAAAAGUUGCGAAUGUAGAAUGCGGCUCAUGCAGUCAACCUGUAGGAUUUUCCUUGGAUCAGGACUCUUGCACUUUGUACUACAAGAGCGCCUUAAAUGAUUCCAGAGUUAAUGGAUUUGAGUUGGUGGUGGAGGACUUUCCACGACUGCCCAUCACACUGUCCUACAGUGAUGGCUCCCAUUCCUCCAGGUCUCCACUGAUGGCCAGGAAAAAGAGGCAAGUCAAUCCAUAUGUCGGGAACUGGCAAACUUGGAGUUCUACAACUGCAUACCCUUGGUCAAGUUGGCCUACAAUAACCCCGGCCCCAUGGUGGCAAAGCCAAACUACGACUACUUCUACACCUACUUCUACACCUACUUCUGCACCUUCUACAAUGUUUUUGGUCACGCCAGCACCACCCACCUGGUCAGGGUGGAAACCUACAACAAGACACCCAUCGUGGCGACAUCAAACAAGACCUGGUCAACCUCAUACAGUGGCAGUUGCAACCCCAUGGGUGUGGUAUCAUAACACACAGAAUUUUGGAGCCACCACAAGACAACCAGUAACCCAAACUCCAUCUCUCAGCAAACUACCCUUUCAAUUCUCAUUACUGGUGGACCCCUCUAUUCCUUCCUGUCAAGAGGGACAUUACAUACCAAAGCUUGUAUAUCCAACACCCCAAAAUGGACAACGUAUUUAUGCAGAGGUCAAUAAAGAAGUGGAGAUCAGAGUCAAAGCACAAGCUAUAUAUGCACAGAUACAUGACAUCAUUAUGAGUGGGCCAAUGAAUAGCAAUAAGCACAAAACUACACGCGGCGAGUUUGUCAUAAGGUGGACACCCAAGCCCGGUGAUGAGGGUGGACAUUACCCACUCUGCUUUGCUGUUGAAUCUGUCCAAUCAAGGUCCAGUUUAGCUGUCUAUCAAUCUGAAAUGACAUGCGUUCUACUUGAUGUUCAGAAGGAGACCGUUAAAGCUAAGGUGACCUGCGCUGAGUCCAGUAUGACCGUAGCAGUUGAAAAAUCUUCACUCCACGGGAUCCAUUUGGAUCACCUACGUCUCAACGAUCCCAGCAACAUUGAAUGUAGUCUGCAAAGACAUUCCAACAGCACGCAUGUGGUUGCUGUCAUCCCCCUUAACUCUUGUGGCACUCAGCUGGAGGAGGAUGAUGAAGAUCUCAUUUUCAAAAAUGAAAUAACAACUGUGGACAAUCCUCAAAAUAUCAUCACCAGGAAACACAGGCUGGAAGUGGACUUCCACUGCCAGUAUCGCAAGCGAGGAAAUGUUACUCUGAGUUUCAAUGCACACAGAAAGACUAUCACGGUUUGGGAAAAGGGUUUUGGCAUGUUCACGUACCAGUUUGAGUUCUACCCAAAUGACACAUUCCAAACCAUGAUUAGUCCAACCUCAUACCCUCUGGAGUAUCAACUAGGAAGCAGGAUUUACAUGAAGAUAGAGGCCUCCUCUUCACUCAACAACACAGAACUUUUUGUGGAGUCCUGCAGAGCUGCUCCAUAUGACAACCCCAACUUUCAGCCAACUUACUCUAUCAUUGAAAAUGGAUGUACAGUGGAUCAAACAGUUCAGAUCUACGCUCCUCCUCAUGCACAUGAAUUCAGGUUCAGCAUGGAGGCAUUCCAGUUCAUUGGACUGCAUGAUCGUGUGUACAUCAGCUGUUCAGUCUUGAUGUGUGAGGCGGGGAAUCCGAACACCAGGUGCUCACAUGGAUGCAUCAAUACUCAACGGACAGAUGGUAACCAGCAUCAUGUAAAGAGAGAGGCUGUCAUCCAGAGUGCCAACCAUUUUGUUUCUCAAGGGCCAUUGCGCCUUAAAAGGUCACCAGAAAGUAAUGAAAGCACAGCAAUGAAUUUGAAUAUGAACCUCGUAUUCAUCGUUGGAUGUCUUCUAGCAGUUGUUGGCAUGAUCAGCGCUGUUGCCAUGUACAAAGCCAAAAUGUCAAAGGCUAGGUAUGAGCGUUUGCCAACUAAUGAAAGCUAAACACCUGCAGACAGUAUGUAAAAAAACUACAUUAUUGACAUACAAAAUUGCAUUUUGAGCUUGUUUGAACAUCUAAAUUUGGGUCUGCAAAAUAAUGGUUGGGGGUGCAUAUAUUCAGACAUAUUUGUUAUUGUUUAGAAAAUAAGUAUAGUUUCUAGUGGGGUUCUAAUCAAUCAGUCACCAGUCGCGAUCGUCCAAUUUCCGUGGACAAGAAUGUGACUGGUAUAUGCCGAUCAAUGCCUUUCAUUGCCAAAUCUUAAUGAUAUUGAAUUAUGUAAUUGAGUGUAACUGUAACAACAACCAUAAUUGCAUGUAUACGAGCUAAGUGUUGUGCUUGCUGAAAACAUUCAGAGUAACUUACAUGUUCUUUUUUUAAAUCAAUCUACACA